GUAGCUCGAGAGAGUCUCUCGGGAGGCUAGACUAGCCACACGUUGUGGUGAAUCAGGGUUAAAACGGUGUGCCUCUUCCUUGCUCUUUACUUUACGCUUUUAAUUUUUUAUUCCUACGUCAUUUUCGUUUCAAAUGCUAUUCACCCCCCCUCUAGCGUUGUGACGUUUUUCUAACAAUGUUCUGAAUGAAGGAAGGCGAGAAGAUCGAUGCACUCAAGAAGACUUACGCCAACAAGGAUCUAGAAAGGGAAAUCCUGUGGAGUCUCACACCCGAAUUGAGUAUUCUAACCCCAUCUUUGGAUGAACAAACGAAGAAAGGAAUAGCGCUCAAAGCAACCAAAGAAACGGUGGAAGAAGUCUCAAGUGAUGAUGACAACGAGUUUGGACUCGUCAUCAAGAAAUUCCACAAGUUCAUGAAGAAGGAAUUUGAGUGCAAAGGAAGAAAGCACGACUGUCCCCCAAAGUGCUAUGGGUGUGGCGAGAUAGGCCACAUCAAGCCGAGGUGUCCAAGAGGCAAAAACGACAAGGACAAACUUGGCUUCAAAAAGCAAAGAGCAUAUAUCUUGUGGGGUGGCGACUCCAGCGACGAGUCAACCGACCAAGAAGAGGAUGAAGCCUCCAACCUCUGUCUCAUGGCACACGAAGACCAAACUGACGAUGUACAAGAGAAUUUCAGUCUCUUAAGCCUAUUCUUCCAAAUUCAUCACCUUUUCUUCAAAAACGCCUCAACAAUGGCUGGAGAAAAGUCAAAGACGAAGGCGUCCAAGAAGAGAGGCCCUGCCGAAGCCUCAAGCUCUGCGCCUCAACCCUUUCCGUACCUUGACGGAUCCUUUCUCGAGUUUGGGUUGGAGGAGGAACUCACCCGAUUCCUCACGCACUUCGCCAAGCGCCCCAUCUCUCCGCCUCGAGUGCUCCCAGAGUUGUUUCCCCAACAAAAGGGGUACCACGAGCUCGACAACCAACUCCAAGCGUCGGGUUUGUGGUCCUUCGUCUCCAAGAGCCGCACGUCCUACAAUCCUGCCAUUGUCCGGGCGUUGUACUCCAAUCUUCGCCGCGAUGGCGACACCAUCUAUAGUAGCAUCAAUCUCUACGACAUGGAGAUUGAUUUGCCUACCUUUGCCAGGAUCGCAGAACUGCCCAUCCGAGGGGACGACAUUGCGACGUGCGCCCUACGCACCGACGAUCCACUCGGCCCCGCCGGAGAAGCGUCUUCUUCUCUACAUCCUCACUCGGAUUCUUCGCCCCUAGGACGGCAGCCACACCUCUCUCUUCAACGAGGACUUGAAGGCGAUUCAAGCAAUCAUCCACAGCGCCUCCAUCAAAUGGGCAAAAUUCGUCAUGAUACACAUGACAGAUUGCGUCUCCCUCGCUACCGAGCGGAGCUUGCCAAACGCCUUCCUCGUCAUGGAUCUCAUCGUGUCCGCCGACAUCCACAUUGCUGGGCCAAGCACGAGGAUGACGAAGCUUUGGGUCAUUGCCGACAACACCUUCAAGAAGAAGUCUGGAAAUCGAGACGGCGCAGGACCGAGUCGUGCCCCUGCCCCUCCCUCGCUCCCACUCGGGCCUCUUUGCAGUCCAUAGCCGACACCUUGAAUCGGCUAACCCUCACGGUGGACGGUAUUGGGCAGUACAUGGAGCGGAUGGACUCGACGUUGCAACGCCAACAUCAUGACAUGACGGCAUUCUUCCGUGGCAUUAACUACGUCCCGCCGCCUUUUGACAGCACCAUCCUCGGCCAAAACUUCGAAGGCGGGGAUGAGGACGACGACUCAUAUGCUCCGUCCUCCUUUCCCGACGAGGAAGACUUUGAAGAUGCAGUCGACGACGAUCCCAUAGACGUUGAGGACAACGACGACGACGAAUCCUAGACUCUUCUUUUUUAUCUAUUGAAUGUGAUUGUAUUCUUCAAUUUCUCUUCCAUUGUAUUCCACAUUUCCCUUUUAAUGAAUAAAAGAUUACUUU